GAGUGUACAAUUAUGGUAAAAACUUUAACAAGCGAUAAUAAUAGUAACAACAAUAAUGAUAAGAAGCAGCAGCAGCAGCAGCAGCAGCAGAACAACAGUAGUGGUGUGAGUGCAGUCCAUGAAGUCACCCUCCGCUCGCUGCUCCUCGUCAGAGGGCGGCACUUUGACUGAUUUUUACGCAUCAUUAAAAUAAAGGCUUAACUCCCUCCCUCUGUGCUGCCCCUCUCUCCGCCGCCGCCGCCAGCCGUCAGUGUCUGGAUUUAUGUUGUAGAUAGAUGGGCUACAUACCACACGUCAUUAGCCUACAGGCUGCGAGGUUGAUGGUCUGAUUUCCAGUUUUUGGUCGUUGUUCUUCAUUUUCCUCUUCUUUUUUUCUCUUCUGCUUGGAUACUUCUGACUUCGGCAUUGGAUAUGUGCACACAGGAUGAUGACAGCCCCUUUCCUCCCCGUAGAAGUAAAAUAAAAUAGGCUUUCGCGCACACUGGAUUUACUCCUGUCGUUCCAUAUGAAGAGGUCAAAAAUUUGGAUACGUGUCUGUGUCUAUUUACUGCUGUUCAUCACGCUUGAAGUGCACUCAAGUAAAUUUGACGUCAACCCAGUGACAGAUGACAUCACUACCCUUGCUAUUUUGAGACAUAAUAUUCCAGAAGAUUAUAAAAUUCCUGUUCGUUACGUUCCAAAGGAAGAGGGUGUAAUGUGUUGGGUCAAAUUAAACGUCUACUACUUGGAGGAGAGUUUAACGGAUUUAUCCCAAAAGUUUGGAAACAUUUCAACCAACAGAAAAGACAUUAGCAUAUUCAUACAAAUGCUCCAAGAACUGAGGCUCAACAUGGGGUCCUUGGAGCCAAUCAUGUUUGAGUUUGAGUGCCACUACAGGGAGGAGAAGUGGCAGACUGCACGAUACUUUGACUUUGUCAAAACCUUCCUUUUAGCUGCACAGAAUAGAGAAGACUCAGACGACUGCACCCCCCUCCCCUGUCCCACCACACCAUACCAAGCAGAAGAAUAUUUAAAGGAGUCACCCAUGUCUGCCACUGAAGACCCCGUGUAUUCACCAGUUGGCAACGACACAUUAAGAGAAGGGAGACUCAUGUCCGCGGUGCUGGAGCGAAGCCUGUUCUCUUUAUUGCUCAUUCCACUCCUAGGCCUCAUAUGUCUGAUUGUGUGGAAGAUCCGAUCACGGAGAACUCUGGAGGAUCCGGAACAGAACCCCGCAGCAAACAGACUGUACUCAGAACCAGAAUGGGCCUUACCUCCACUGGACCAAACAACAGAGAAGAACAAGUUAAACGUCAUUGCAUCAGUGUAACAGCGUCCCUCAGUCUUUCACUUGGACUCCGCUCCACUUUUUCAAAGUGGUGUCCAAAUGUGAUGAAAAACAAACACGAGGCUGAAUUCACGUGAGAUCUCAGAGGUGAACAAAGGUGAUUUACGACGACGGAGCAGACCAGCGCCCUCUGGUGAAAUCACGCCUGCUACCAUAUGGAUAAGCUUGCCUUUCAUGUAUGACUGCAUUUACCGAACGCAUGCUUUUGAAAGAAAGAAAAAAUAUAUAGAUAUAUGAAUAAAUACAGAAACUGUGGGGGAUUCUGGAGAAUUCCGUGUACGACGCCUCCGCUGGACGUUCCUGCUAAUCAUCACCACACCCUGCUGCUUCAUGAGUUCUCAAGGGGAAAAGGCAACAGACGACAAUCCAGAUUAUGGAGGAGAAUCACGGAGGAGGUAGACGUGUGAACCGGGCACGCUGGCUGUGACCUUUUACCCCAAUUAGGUCGUCCUGCUGCAGCCUGACACUGACGAGGCCGCAGGACACACACACACACACACACACACACACACACCUGUGUUAUAUAUGUAGGUUAUUGUAUUUCUAUCAUGUUUGUGGUCUGAUGUCGAACCGUCCAUGCUUGGUUUGUGCCUUGAUUGACUGGUGCGAGUACGUCUGUGUGAACAGGUCAAAAACACAGCAGACAGUGGAGACAACGUUACCAAGAAGAUCACAUCAUCUUACCACCACCACCCCUCCCCCCGACCCCCCUGGCUUCAGUUCAGUCAGCUUGACCCCCGCUCACUCCUGUGAAGGGUGUGUUUGUGAACUCUCUCACCAAACAUGACACACAGACCUGCAGCCUCUGGGAAACAGUUCACCUGGUAACUCCUCUGCUUGUUUCAUGUGUAUAUGGGAAAAUAGGUUGGGACUUUUCUUAGAAGAUAAGAGUAUAUUGUGCUUAAUAAUUAAAAUAUGUGUAAAGAAGAAAAACAUGUAUACGACAUUGGUUUUCAUAUAGUUCUGAGCAGCGAAACAUCCGCCACAAAACUGAAAGAUUCCUUUGUUUUUGUCGAGUUUUUCUUUUUUUUCUUUUAUUGCAAGAUGACUUUUCAUCAUCCCCGACUAAUCUGCAGAACUGGCAGAGCAAAGGAAAACACAUUUUUGUGCAGUUAACCCACAGCAACAGUGGGAGAGUAUCUGAGUCGAGGACUUUUAUACUCGGCUGUGUCCAACGUCUGUCAAGACACACUAUCUUUGUCGGUGUAGACAUUCUUUAAAGUGGUGACUUUUUCUUUUUUUGAUGUGAAUUGAUGUGCAGUACAGUGCCCAGUAUUCAGUGCAGUACAGUGCCCAGUAUUCAGUGCAGUACAAUACCCAGUAUUCAGUGAGCAGGUACACAGGUUAGUGUAGCAAUAAACCAGCUGUCAUUAACAAACUGCAAAAAGAACUGCAUUUCACAUGAAAAACAGCAAAACUCAGUCACAUCCAAGCUGUGAGAUUAGAUAUACAUAUACUGUAUAUCUACAUAUAUAUAUAGAUAUAUAGAUAUAUAUAUGUGCUGUAUAUUGAGGACAAAGUUAUCACCUGUUCCACAAAGAGAGGACAUUUUACCACAGCAUUAGCUGUAUUUCAAAAGUUUAAUUUUUGACUUUAAACACAGAAAGUCUUAAAAUAAUCCAUAUUCAAAUGCAGGCGCUCUAUACUGGUUAUUACACCUGGUCUGGACCAUGGGAUCCUAUAUUGUUCACACUUAUACUUGUUAUUACACCUGGUCUGG